CACGUACACAGCACCAAUAUACAGUCUGUUCGUUUCAGUCGUUAACGGGACAGUAUUAUGAAGAGAGACGCAUCGAGUCACGCUCACCGAAGCCUGUUCGUUGUCAUUAUCCUUGCUGUGCCCAGCAGUUCAGCGUUUCAAUUUAUUUGUCAGCAGAAAAGCGGUAACUACGCCUGCACCGUGUCCAACUACCGACCCAGCCUGGAAGGGACGUUCGUGUUUAGCCACGUUCCAAAUGAUGCGCAAAGUAUCGCAUUUAAAAACCUCAUCAGUCCACCCAUUGUAGGCAGAUCGUUGUUCGGAAACAUUCCAUCAUCCAUAUCAACGGUAGCAUUGCAUGAGUCCAGCUCCGUGCGAACUUUAAUUGUGCCUAAUGCAACGUCCAUUAGGGAGCUUAUCAUUGCAGAGCCGACACUCAGUCGCUUACUUUUCCUACCGAACGGAACACUCUCGAAGCUGUACAUCUUGAGAAGCAGCUUAGCCACUAUUCCACUAACGCUGAAAAACCUACCCAAGCUGUCCGUCCUCAAGCUAAGUCAAUCGCCCAUCGAACAGAUCGCCUUCGAAUCGUUCUGUAGCCUAUCCAAGCUUACUAGUCUUAAUCUAAAGAACAACCUCAUCGCUAGCCUAAUCUUCCAAGCUUCUAGUCCCACGUCCCAGUGCUAUGCAUCGUUGGAAAGAGUGUCUUUAAGCAGCAAUAAGCUUAAACAUGUAAAUAUGACUGUGUUUGCAGCCAUGCGUGCACUCGAAAUCAUCGAUCUGGAGUACAACCAAAUAGAGGUCGUUGUUGGUCGUCUUACCAAUCCAAAGAUUACAACGGUCAUACUAUCCAACAACAAUCUGUUUACGAUCAAUCUGUGCGAAUGGAACACGAUGCCAUUGAUAAAUUCGUUUUCCUUGGCCGUGAACAGCUUGCCAAACAUUCCGCAAUGCUUGGGCCGUAUGCGAAGGGUAAAGUUUCUUAACUUCAACCACAACAAGCUCACCCGCAUUACGAUCGAUUCGUUUGUGAUGCUAACUGAGCUGCGAUCGCUACAUUUUACCAGCAAUGCAAUUCAGACGGUAGUCCCAGCUAGCGGUGUCAAUCGCCUAGCUUCGAGCUUGCGAGAUGUCUUUCUAACUAAUAAUCCAUUGAAGCGAGAGAGUCUUGCAAACGUAUUUCCUCCAGCAGUUAGAAUCAUCAACUAA